GCCUCCUUCAACCGAUUCUAACUUUCUCGAUCUCCAUGAGCGCAUCUCUGGAGUCUCUGCGACGCUGGUGCUCCCACCACAAGAUAUGGAUUGAUCAUCGCAUUGAGAUUGUAUCUUCAGACCUGUCCGGAAUCCAUCUAGUAUCUCAGAGCCCCAUCGCUCAGGACACCAUUCUCGUCAAGAUCCCUCGCGAAGCUGCUAUCUCAUUGAAAACCAGUCGCAUCUCGCGACAUAUCCCCGCGUCAGCUUCGACGCACCAUGGGCGCUCGGCUCAGCUUUGGCUUGCGUUGGCUCUGUCUGUCGAACUUGCCCUCGGUCCUUCGUCGGAAUGGGCUGGAUAUCUGCAAUCUCUACCGCGUGCGCUUUCUGGAAUGCCUCUCUUUUGGCUUGGAAGUGGCGCAGAUGGUGCCAGUGCUCUUGAUUUUUUGAAAGGGACUGAGGCCUGGAGAUUGGUCAAUGAGACUGAUGAGAGUGGUGCAACACUGGUGGAAGACAUCGACGCUUUUUUUGAAGCUGUCGCGCGUGGGGUGUACUCGAAAGUCCUCGGCUCUUCAUCCGUGGAAACGUUGACUCGAAAAGACUUCGCCCUUGCAUAUGGGCUGGUCUCGUCCCGUGCCUUCCUCAUCGAUGCGUACCAUGGGCUUGCCAUGGUUCCAAUAGCUGAUGCUUUCAACCACGUGCAGGAAAACCAUGUCCACUUGCAGAGUGACUACGAGGUAUGCCCCGAAUGUGGUUCUUUGCGGCAGUGCAUCCAUGAUGGAGGAGAGGACCUUCCAUCUGAAACAUGGGAGGACGACUGUUUAGAGAUGAUCUCGAAUCGCCCCAUCGAAUCUGGGGUCGAAGUGUUCAACACUUAUGGCGAAAUGCUGAGCAACGCCCAGUUGCUUCUCCAAUACGGUUUCAUUCUCGAUGGGAACGAGAAUGACCGUGUGACAUGGACGUGCGAUGAGAUGGCCGAAUUCGUACACUCCUCCCUGCACUGGGAUCCAGCGCCUGUCCGGCAAACCACAGACUGGUUGCAAUCGCUUCCCUGGGAAAUCCUCGAAGAGUCCUCCGAGCUUGUAUACAUAGACAGGAAGCACGCGUUCUGUGUUAACGCCGAUGGAACAGUCUCGCAUGGACUGUGGCUCUAUCUUGCCACUGCUCUUGUCUGCAGCAGGACUGACAUCCGCGGCCCCACCUCUGCGCAAGAAGCCAUCUUAUCAGGCGUCGAACAUCUGCUUCGAUGUCAAUCAGGGAUGGAGCAACACGAGUCGCCCGAGCAUAUUUCAGGAUACACAACGAACGGAUCAACGAUCCACCAGCUAUCCGGACUUAUCUUCUCGCUCUGUAGAGCGCGUUCUGCCGGCAUCAGCAGGGGAGAACUAACGAUCAGGGAGCUUGGAGAACUGUUAGACAGUUUGCCCGAAGAGUCCGCGCCAAGUCGCAGGAUGGCAGUGUCCCUGGCGCUGACAGAGAAAUCUAUUUUGGAAACUUGUAUGUUUGCCUGGCAAUCGCUGGCCGAGACAUUCGUGCACGCACCGGACUCUGACAAAUGAUAAUGCAAUCUGGUCCCGGGUCUGGACUGGCUCUACUCUGGUCCAAAUCUGGGCGCAGUAUCUCAGCUCCAGACAAUUUGUAGAGGCUUGUUUUCUAUGUAUUGAGAUGGAUGUCCACCCGUGUUGCAUGGCUACAGCUGGAGCUUGCAAGAAACCUGCUCAAGCUGACAGAUGGACGAACACCUCUGUGCAUCUAUUGUGGGCAAGAAGAUUUGCAGUGCAUUGAUGAUCCGCCAGCCGCCUGCCGGGGAUCACUCCGCACAUUCGGCCAGCAACCCGAUCGGAUGGUCCAUUCCAC